UCUUCACCUAUUCUGCGCCGUCGCUCAACGAAACCCUAAAGGCGGAGAGAGAGAGAGAGAGAAAGUCGCAGUCUUUGCGGAAUCUAGCGAAGGAGAAAAGAUGAGACCACCAAUGGGAGGAGGCGGGUUCAGGGGGAGAGGAGGAAGAGACGGCGGCGGCGGUCGAUUCGGUGGAAGAGGAGGACGAUUUGGCGGCGGCGGCGGACGAUUCGGUGGAGGUCGAUUUGGCGGGUUCAGAGACGAAGGGCCUCCUGACGAAGUCGUGGAGGUUGCAACUUUCGUCCAUGCUUGCGAGGGAGAUGCUGUGACCAAACUCUCUCAGGAGAAGAUUCCUUAUUUCAAUGCUCCUAUCUAUCUACAGAACAAGACUCAGAUUGGUAAAGUUGAUGAAAUCUUUGGCGCCAUCAAUGAAUCUUUGUUUUCUAUCAAAAUGAUGGAAGGUAUUGUAGCCACCUCGUAUGCUCCUGGAGACAAGUUCUUCAUCGACCCUUCAAAGCUUUUGCCCCUCGCUAGGUUCCUUCCUCAGCCAAAGGGUCAAUCUGCUGGUGGCCGUGGUGGCCGAGGUGGUCGUGGAGGAUUCAGAGGUAGAGGCGGUCCUCCUUCAAGAGGGCGAGGAAGUUUCAGAGGAAGAGGUCCUCCAGGAGGUGGUAGAGGAUUUCCCUCACGAGGUGGUCGUGGAGGCUUCAGAGGCAGAGGAAGAGGAUUCUAGUUUCUUCUCUUCCUACUCUAUAAGCUUUAUCUCAACUUGUAGCCCUUUAUAUUAUCAAUGAGACUUUGUUUUCCCACAUUAUCAACUUUGGUUUAAUCAAUGGAGUAGAAAAAUUGCUUCUAGUUA